GGAUAGGAAGGAUUCCUUAUUAUUACUUUGCGUCCGUCGAUGGAUGUAAUGGAAGGGAAGACUGGUAGGAGCCUUUGAGGGGCAACAUAUUUUCAAGUGGGCGAACUGCAUGGUGAUCGUGCACAGCUGAACGCACUCGUUCAGGCGUUGCAACAGUAGCCCGCGGAUGGUGUCAUUGCAAACGAAGCAGCGACUAUGGCAUACCAGCAGAGAGGCCAGCCACCGAUAUCCAGGGAUGCCCUAUGGCAAUAUUUCCAACGUGUGGAUACUGACCGGAGUGGAAGCAUAUCACAAGACGAGCUUUCCAGCGCGUUGAAGAACGGACAGUGGACAGAGUUCAAUCCGGAGACAGUACGUCUGAUGGUCGGCAUGUUUGAUCGCGAUGGCAAUGGCAUGAUUACGUUUGAUGAGUUCGCUGGCCUCUGGAAAUACAUCACGGACUGGCAGCAAGCAUUUCGUAGCUAUGACACGGACAACUCCGGAGCUAUUGACAAGAAAGAGUUAUCCACAGCGUUGAUUUCCUUUGGGUAUCGACUGUCGGACAGAUUCGUAGAUGUACUCAUUCGCAAGUUUGACCGACGUGGAUGCGGCAGCGUGUCGUUUGACGAUUUUAUUCAGUGUUGCGUCGUUCUUCAGACGCUGACGGCGGCAUUCAGCACUGAAGACCGUGAUCGGGAUGGCUGGAUUACAGUCACGUACGAACACUAUUUGACAAUGAUCAUGAAGAUGCCUCUGUGACCUACUAUUUUAGUCAAUGCCGAGAGAUCGGCCUUGGGGUCACCUGGCAACCACAACACACUGCCUUGUAUAUUACCUCAUUCCAUAAGAAACACCACCAGCUUUCUGCUAUUGAAUACUAGUACAACACGCACAUACAUACACAUGUGUACGAAUAGAAACACUAUAGGUAGGCAUGAGACUUCACUCUUAAUACUGGAAGUUUUUUUCUAGCUAGCCGUGUUAUUGGAUUUGUUGAACAUGUAAUCCAAUUAUGUGCCUGUCGCUGUGCGCAAUGUUGCUUGUACAUAAUGAUGCUAAACAUAAUACUAUUUGGCUGAUAACUGGAUACUCGACCAGUACCCAUAGAACAUACCGUCAGUAUCAGUAGACACCGGUAUGGGCAUUAUACUGUAGUAGCAGGCACGGAGCGAUGCACAGCAGACAAACAUUCGAGCUGCUGUUGUAGACGCACACACACUCACACAACUGUUUUCAAUUUCUUGAUCUGGCGUUUCUUUCGGAAAAAUAGAAUUAUAGAAUGA